AUGCUAUUCAGAUAUCUCCUCGCGUUGGUGAUCCAACUAUGCUGGGCUGCUCUUGGGUUUGGCCACCAAGACGCGACAAUUACGAUCCCUUGGGUUACAGAUGCACCUGAUUACUUCCAAGGCUAUGGUGGCAAGGUCAUCGGUGCUAAAGAUGCAACAACAACCUACGGAAUCAACUGUCUCUCGGACCAAACAGCCUGCCACAGAUUUACCCCGGAUUUGACCGUUGUCUACGGACCCAGUACGUAUGACAUGAUUGCCAAUGGCUACAAAUUCGACUUCACCUCAGGUUGCACGCUUAUGGGCUCUCCGACGCCCACGGGCGCGUCUUGCACAGAAACCAAGUCUUUGCAUGAAACUAGUACUAUCACCUCGGCCACAGUGCUUGUUCCAGCCACAGGCGACGAUUCCACCCUCGGAAUUUUCCCUGCAACCUUGAUCGUGACCGAUACUGGAGACUUCUCCGCGCCCUCUACCGCGACUGAUCUUGAAACUUCUGCCAAUUCUCAUGUUUCAACUAGUGGCGCAAGCUUGACUACGCCUGCGACCGCGACCGCGACCGCGACCGCUGAUUCCAUUGCCUCGGUCUCAGUUGGAUUCCCAAAUUCGACAGUCAUGAUACCUGGUGUUCCGACUUAUUUCGGCAAUGGAACUUCGAGGGCUGACAAGAAUGGCACGACAGUGACGGUGACUGUUCUUGCUACCUCUAUCCCGUGUCACUGUGAAUGUGAUUGCAGACAAAACCAGACUGCCAGGGCUACCGUCACCGUCCCAAUGGUGAUAAAAAACCACGGAAUCAAGAUUGCCGCGCCCGUGACAUUGAUGGGGGGAAUCGUAGCUGGCGCUGUGUUCUGGAUUUAA